GGGGCAGUGCCGGGGAAGGGAAAGGCCGGAGGAGCGGCGGCGGCGGGAUCCCCGCGCCGCUGAGCCCGGCCCGAGAGCCCCUCUGCCUUCCUGUGUCCUGUUCCGCAGCCUCGGGGCGCCGCCAUGACGCCCGAUCUGCUCAACUUCAAGAAGGGAUGGAUGUCAAUCUUGGACGAGCCUGGAGAGUGGAAGAAGCAUUGGUUUGUGCUGACAGAUUCGAGCCUCAAGUAUUACAGGGACUCCACCGCUGAGGAGGCAGAUGAGCUGGACGGUGAGAUCGACCUGCGCUCCUGCACGGACGUCACGGAGUAUGCGGUGCAGCGCAACUAUGGCUUCCAGAUCCACACCAAAGACGCUGUCUACACCUUGUCGGCCAUGACCUCGGGCAUCCGACGGAACUGGAUUGAAGCUCUGAGGAAGACUGUGCGACCAACUUCAGCCCCAGAUGUCACCAAGCUCUCGGACUACAACAAGGAGAACACGCUGCACAGCUAUGGCACCCAGAAGGGCUCGCUGAAGGCAGGAGAGCAGCGGGCAGGCUCUGAGGUCAUCGGCCGGGGUGGCUUGCGGAAGGCGGAAGGGCAGCGGCAGUCUCCGGACUAUGUGGAGCUCUCACCGCUGACUCAGAGCUCCCCACAACGGGCCCGCCCCCUGGUGCGUGCUCCCGACCGCCCAGCCAAGCAGGAAGAGCUGGAGCGGGACCUGGCCCAGCGCUCCGAGGAGCGCCGCAAGUGGUUCGAGGCCACAGACAGCAGGGCCGUAGAGACGCAGUCUGGCGAAGCGCCACGCCGGGGACUGGGCGCACCCCUGACUGAGGACCAGCAGAGCCGGCUCAGUGAGGAGAUUGAGAAGAAGUGGCAAGAGCUGGAGAAGCUGCCACUGCGGGAGAACAAACGGGUGCCGCUCACCGCCCUGCUUAACCAAAGCCGCAGUGAGCAGCGGGGGUCCUCCAGCGACAGCCACGAAGCCCUGGAGAAGGAGGUCCAGUGUCUUCGUGCCCAGCUGGAGGCAUGGCGUCUCCGAGGGGAGGCACCUCAGGAUGCACCCAGGUUCCAGGAGGAUGGCCACAUCCCCACGGGCUACAUCUCACAGGAGGCGUGCGAGCGCAGCCUGGCCGAGAUGGAGUCCUCGCACCAGCAGGUGAUGGAGGAGCUGCAGCGGCACCAUGAGCGGGAGCUGCAACGGCUGCAGCAGGAGAAGGAGUGGCUUCUGGCUGAGGAGACAGCGGCCACUGCUUCAGCCAUCGAAGCCAUGAAGAAAGCCUACCAGGAGGAGCUGAGCCGGGAGCUGAAUAAGACACGGAGUCUCCAGCAAGGCCCAGAUGGCCUCCGGAAGCAGCACGAGUCAGACGUGGAGGCGCUGAAGCGGGAGCUGCAGGUGCUGUCAGAGCAGUACUCUCAGAAGUGCCUGGAGAUUGGGGCCCUGACGCGGCAGGCCGAGGAGCGCGAACACACGCUGCGGCGCUGCCAACAGGAGGGCCAGGAGCUGCUGCGCCACAACCAGGAGUUGCAUGCCCACCUGUCAGAGGAGAUUGACCGGCUGCGCAGCUUUAUCGCCUCGCAGGGCACGGGCAAUGGCUGUGGGCGCAGCAAUGAGCGGAGCUCCUGCGAGCUGGAGGUGCUGCUGCGGGUGAAGGAGAACGAACUUCAGUACCUAAAGAAGGAGGUGCAGUGCCUCCGGGAUGAGCUCCAGAUGAUGCAGAAGGAUAAGCGCUUCACCUCGGGGAAGUACCAGGACGUGUAUGUGGAGUUGAACCACAUCAAGACGCGGUCAGAGCGUGAGAUCGAGCAGCUGAAGGAGCACCUCCGCCUCGCCAUGGCUGCCCUGCAGGAGAAGGAGUCCAUGCGCAACAGCCUGGCCGAGUAGAGGUCCUCUUGGGCCAGGCCAGCUGGAGACCCUGCAGCCCAAGGGAUCAGUCUCCCUUCUUCCCUGCUGGAUGGAAGCCAGAAGCCAAGCUUUCUCCCACCUUCUGUGGGCAUGCACUCACACCCACUACACACAUAAACACGCGCGCACGCAUGUGUGCGCAAACAUACACGUGCAUGCAAGCAUGCAUGAACACAUACAUGUGCGCACAUACACUGCGUAUCUGAGCGCCUCCUCGCCCUGGGUCUUACCUUGCACCUUCUUCAGGAUUUUAUAUGUGAAGAGAUUUUUAUAUAGAUUUUGUUCCUUUUUUUUUCAAAACACUUUAUACUUUUUAAAAAAGCAAUUCCUGGUAUCUGUACCUCCAACACUGGCUCCCCCUCUGUCUCCAAACAUCCCCUGCUUGGGUUUCUUGGCCCAUGGCCAUGCGCCAAUGGUCUAGCAGAGCCCCAGGCAGCGACCAUGGCGGUGGACUUCACGGGGAGAGUCAGGGAGCCAGCUACCCUCUUUCCCUACCCCACCUCCUACUAACUACUUCCUGGCCUGGGUGGACCCAUACCCUGGGGCUCUGAAUGGAGGGACAGGUGGACAGAGGGAGCCGGCAGCUGUCCCAUGGCCUCCUUCUCUGAAGGGGUGCUGGGCGUUCAGCCACUGGAGCCACCCCAUGAAGGUGUUUCUCUCCUCCCCAAACCUUCUUAACUUAAUAAAAUGUUCCAACAGCUCUGGUGUCCUGGAUGGC